CUUUUACCACCACAAAGAAAAUAGCCCAUACAUUUUCAGAGAUCUGGCGGCCUGCUUAAAUAUCUGGGCUACCUGUUUCUGCCAUCUGGUUAUUUCAACAGAAAAUGAACGAAUUUUCGGUCUUGUAUGACGAUGUUUGUCAACGUGUUUCACGGUCCCUUAUGGAAGCACUGAAACCGUUUGAUGGUAUCGAUACAGUUGCUACUCAUGGUGGAUAUAAUCCAGUGUAUUUAGAGGAAGUGGGGCGUCCUGUUGUCCCGCCAAUAACUUUGUCGUCUACUUUCCAACAACUUUCUCCUGGUGUUGCAAAAUAUGACUAUUCUAGGUCUGGAAAUUUCUCUCGGGAGUGUUUGGAAAAGUGCAUAGCAUCUCUGGAAGACGGCCAUGACUGCUGUGUCUUUAGUUCUGGUCUUGCAGCCUUAGGAACUCUCAUUCAGGUCUUAUCAAGUGAUGAUCACAUCGUUGCGUUCGAUGAUCUAUACGGAGGAAAUGGGCGAUAUCUGCGUCGACUUGCUUCGAAAUCUGGAAUAACAACUACUUUCGUUGACAUGCGUGACUUGAAUUUGUUUCAACAGGCGUUACAGAAAAACACUCGCUUAGUCCUUAUAGAAUCUCCAUCAAAUCCUUUAAUGCGUCUGGUCGAUAUAAGUGCUGUUGCGUCUAUCGCUCAUGAGUUUAACAAAGAAAUUAUUGUUGUUGUCGACAAUACUUUCAUGAGUUCUUAUUUUCAACGUCCACUUGAUCAUGGAGCAAAUGUUGUUUUACACUCUCUCACAAAGUAUAUGAAUGGUCAUUCUGAUGUAGUUAUGGGCGCACUGGUUACACGUAAUCAAUCAGAACUACACAAGCAGAUAAGAUUCAUACAGUAUGCUGCAGGAGCUGUUCCGUCUCCAUUUGACUGCAUGUUAUGUCUUAGAGGAUUACGCACAUUACCAAUACGAAUGAAAGCGCACAUGCGAAAUGGACUUAUAGUGGCUAUGAUGCUUGAGAAACAUCCGUUAGUUGAAAGGGUUCUACAUCCAGGCUUAGAAUCAUUUCCUCAAAAGGAUAUUAUCGCAAAGCAGAUGCGUGGUUUUAGUGGUAUGAUAACUGUUUAUCUACGAUGUACUGGGGAACAAACAAAAACGUUUAUUACAAAUCUGAAGCUGUUUAUGUUAGCCGAAAGUUUAGGGGGUUAUGAGAGCCUUAUUGAAAUUCCGUCCGUUAUGACACACGCAUCAGUCCCAGAGGAGGUUCGUGAGGUCAACGGGAUCACUGGGAAUAUGCUUCGCUUGUCAGUGGGACUAGAAGAUCCGAAAGACCUAUCACUCGACUUAUAUGAAGCUUUUGACAAAUUGAACCAGAAUUCCAAACCAAUAUAAACUUGUCCUCUUUAAUUAUUGAUUGACGUUUCUUUAAAUAAAUUCACAUAAUGAAUA